AUGAUCGCUUUUUCGUCCAUUAUUGCUAGCAUUUUAAUAUCACUGGCUGAUUCUCAAUUUCUUGGAAGCAGUUUGUACAACGCUCUAGGAUCAUAUAAUGAUAAUGAUAUGUGUAGAUACAUCUCCUGCCCUUUUGGUCAGUAUUGCUGGAAUGGAAAUUGUCUCUCUUCUGGAAGUUCGUCGGUACUGGGCUCGAGAGCAUUCGGUUUUGGGGCAGGAGGUGGCCUUAGUGGGCUUGCAUCCGCAGCAGCACUUUAUUCGGGAAUGGCAACAAGUCGCGGAUUAGCAACUGGCGCUAAUGUAGCCACUGGAGUCACUCCUUAUGGCGGGGCACAACCUGUGCCACUAGGCGGUGUUCCUUCGACUGUAGGAGGACUUCAGCCAUGUAGUUUAAUGCAGCAAUGUUUUAAUGGUCAAAUUUGCGUCAACGGUUACUGUACUCGAAGCAACGUCGCUUACCAAGGCAGUCAAGUCAUGCCCUCGGAGACAUCAUGUAUGACUGGUGCAACAUGUCCUGUAGGUCAAUAUUGCAUCAAUGGAAUAUGUAUGCAAAAUCCAAUGUCGACCACAUUUGCAUGCCACAAUGGAAUUUCCUGCCCAAUGGGAAUGAUGUGCCAACUAGGCCGAUGUUUACCGAAUGGAUUACCGGCCAUGUUCAUGCAAAACCCGUUGAUGGGUAAAAAAUAA